AACGGCACGAUUUUGAAAUAAUGACCGACUCCGUGGAUUUCUUGGAAAAGUGGCCUGCUCAUGCUACCGGAAGAUCCUAUGCGAGAUCUCAAGUUUCUGUUGUAAACAGCAGAAUCGUUCCACUAUCAGAAGUCGAAACAAAAAUUUCAAAUUUGGUUCCUAAACCAAAGUUCCUGGAAACGCUUGAAAAAAAUAUAGCAGAUGGACUAAAAGACAUACAACCAGGUGACAGAGACUCUAGAUUUCAAAUCUUCAAAGAAGCAUUCCAGUCAUUUAUUUGUUCAUUUAAAACCUACAAACAUUUUCUCUCCAGAAUAUACCAAGAAUACGAAGAGUUCCUCAACUUUUAUAAAGCUGAGGCUCAAAAGUUAAGGCCAGUAAAAGAGUAUCUCUGGACGAUUUCCCAAGAAUGUGAUGAACGUAUUCUUAAAAUUCAAAAGAAAGAAAAACCAGAGAUCAAUAGCUUAAGACGUGAAAUUGUACGACUUAGAGAUUUGAUUUCAGAAUUAAAAGAGGAGAAAUUGGGCCUAGAAACUCAGGUUGGACAUUUAACUCAAUCAUUGAAGGAAGAACAUGAAAAAUUCCGAUAUGAAGCAGAUGCAAAGCUUUUGUUAAUUUCAGAAAUUAAUGCAAUGCGAAUGCAAUUUGAUGAAAUUGAAGUAAUCACUAAACAUGCACAAAAUAAAACAAAUGAGAAUGACGAUCCAAUUCUUUUGAAAAUAGCUCUAGAACAAGCAAGGAAAGCACAAUCAGUUUCCGAAUUUGAAUUAGUUCAAUUAAAAGCAGAAUAUGUCAAUGUUAUGCCAAAGAACCGAUAUGAUAUGUUAUUGGAAGAAAAUCUCCAAUUAAAAAAUGAUUUUGAAGCCAAAAUGAAGGAAUACGAAGGACUGAAUGAAUCAUUUAAACUUUUGAAAAACCAGUUGAAUGAAGUAAUGAAGCAACGCGAUGAAUCAGAAUCCAAGAUACAACAAAUGCAAAAAGUAUCAACACCCAGACCGGAAUGGAAUGAAGUUGGACGUAAAUUACCAGGUGGUUUAACAAAAUGGUUAGAAGAAACCGUUUCAAUGACAUCACAAGAGAAAAUGCAUUUCAUGGUCAAUCAGUUAACACUACAAAAUAAUGAAGACACUGAAUUUAAUCUAAAUACAUAUAUUAAGGAAGAAUUGAAUUUUAUCCCAUUAUUUUUGCAAACUGAUUCAACUGUAAAACCCAGACCAAUGCAGCUGAGAGAUUGCCUGUUACUAGUUCAUGAAUUAUGGUUAGCAAGAAAAAGUGAGAAAGACUCCAUAAAGGAACAAUCAUUAGGACAACGAAGACGUUCACUUACAUCUAGACGACUUUCACAGACGAGGUCACAUCCACCAGCUGGUACACAAACGAAAUCACCUAGUAGUCAUCAUAAACAAUACCGUGAUUUAUAUAAAUCAUUCGAUGAAUUCCUAAAUCAUUUCUUUAAACAAAUCUAUGGUAUUGAACAAAUUCGUAUUGAAUGGGCGCAUACAUUUUACAGUAUGUUAGUGAAAGAAAAACAUUAUUAUAAAUUAAUUGAAUUGAAAAAAAUAAUUGACAAUAAGAUGGAUGAAGAGUGUCACUGGCAUUUUGAAUCAUGGAUCAAAUCAAUUGAAGAACGAAUUCUAAUAUUUAUUGACUCAAACAAUAACAAUAAUAAUAACAGUAGUACGAUUUUUCCACUGAACACAGAAGGUAUUCAUGAGAGAAAGAAACUAAUUUUAAAACAAACACUCAAUGAAGCCUUGCUGGAUAUAUUUGGUCAAAAAAAUCUGAACAGAUUAGAUACACUAAUUCAAACAGCUUCAGAUUAUGCAAGUUUACGAAUUAAAGAACCAUCUAACAUGUCCUCAUCCUCCAUAUCAGUUGAAUUACCAUCACUGUCAAAUCUAAAUAUGAAAGGAGGAAGUGAACCUAAUGAGAAUCAAGUCAGCACACAGGAUAUGAUUGAUUUUAAUAAAUUAUUUGAAGAUAUACAAGCUGAAGAUAUUAAUCCAUUCAUAAGUGAAUUGCUGUCAAUUUACAAGCAAUUGAAAACAGCAUUUAUUAAUGAUAUUGUUAGCGAACUCCAAAAGUUAACGUCAAAUGAAGUACAACAAAACAGUAUAACACUAACUGAGUUAAAAAAUGCAAUUGAAACUAUCUCCCCAUCUACCGCUGUAACAUUUAAUCUACAACCAAAAAGUGGAAAAACUAUUACAACCCAGUCAGUACAAUCUCUAGAUGCUGAUUCAACUUUAGAAUGGAUAUUUAAAACUAAUCCAAAUGAACCGCUAGUACAGUCAUUAACAUUGAACACAUUAAUUAAACGACUUGAAGGAAGUAAUUUAUUUCCAGAUUGAUUUAAAGAAAAUAAACAAGGAGAAUCAAUUACGU